GCCGUUUCCGGAGCGCAGCAGUCAACCGUCCGUGCACGGGCCGAGCCAGGGAGAGGCGGCACGGGCCUCGCUGCGGAGUCUGGCCUGGCUGGGCGGGCUUGGCAGGAAAUGACCUAGAGGCCUUACAAAUACACUUCUGCAUUCUUCAGACUCUACAAUCAAGAGAAGUUCACUCUGAAAGCACCACUUAACUAAUGUUAAAAGGAAAACUACCUCAACAUACAGAAAGAAAGGCGGAGAAGGCUUGCAAUAAAAAAAACACAUAUAUACUUUCUGAAUAAUGUGUACUUGCAAAGUCUCCAAGAAACAAACUUGCAUUUUUUUCAGUAUUAAGAUGAGAAAGUCAAACCAAUUUGACUGACGGGCUCUGUCAAACCAUUAAGCUAUUUGAUCUGCUGAUGUGAAGGCUCAGUGGUUCUUUAAGGAAAGACUUGCUCUGCAUUAAGAAUCACUGUUGAACAGUGAUUUUUGCUCUUCCUCCCCUGAUCCUAGCUGAAGACAUUUAUUACUAUGAAAUUACUUUUUAAAAGAUUGUUAAAGUUUCUUCAGUGUGAAGUAAUGUUACCAUCAGGUGUCAAAAAUGCAUUGGCAGGAAAACUGGAGCAGAUAGCUUUUUGCCCCCUGCUUUGAAAUUGUAUCCUGAGCAUAUAGUAGAAUGCUAAGCAGGAAACACAUGGUAUUUUUUAAGCUAACCCAGCUUGCUUUUACAAUAUAAUUUGUGACUGCAGCAGUGCUGCGUUUGAACACUGAAUAGUACAAAGCCAGCGGAUCUGCUGCCUUUCUCACUGCUGAUACAAAUUACCUACCUUUUUUUUGUUUUUGAAAUGUCUCUUACAAAAAUUAUGUGCAUACUCUUCUACUACUGCUAUACAUAGGUAUCUUCCUGGGGGGGAGGGGGCAAGAUUUGAGAGUAGAUUGUUAAUUCAAGGAAUCUUUGGAUAAGUACUCCCUUAUGUAUUGCUGCAGUGCACAGGAAAGUAAAAUGGACUAUAAGAGGCGCUUUUUGCUUGGCGGGUCCAAGCAAAAAGUGCAGCAACACCAGCAGUAUCAAAUGCCAGAGCUAGGCAGGACCCUGAGCACGCCUUUAGCAUCUCCAGCCACGACAUCCCCUCUGGUUUCCCCGGCUGCUGCUGGCAGCUGCAACCAUGCUACUCCAAUUGCAGACAUCCAGCAGGGAAUCUCCAAAUAUCUGGAUGCACUCAAUGUCUUUUGCCGUGCGAGCGCUUUCCUUACAGACCUUUUCAGCAGCGUAUUUCGGAACUCGCACUAUUCUAAGGCAGCUAUGCAACUGAAAGACGUGCAGGAACAUGUCAUGGAAGCAGCGAGUCGACUCACGGCAGCAAUAAAACCAGAAAUAGCAAAAAUGCUUAUGGAACUGAGUGCUGGAGCAGCAAACUUUAAAGAUCAGAAGGAGUUCAGCCUGCAAGACAUUGAGGUGCUUGGACGAUGUUUCUUGACAGUGAUGCAGGUACACUUUCAGUUUCUAUCCCAAGCUCUGCAGAAGGUCCAGCCUGUGGCUCAUUCAUGUUUUGCUGAAGUGGUGGCUCAGGAAAGAAAGAAUUCUAGCAUGGCUGAGACAUCCAGUGCAAACCCCACAACUGAACUAGAAGAAGCUGUGCGAUCUUGGAGAGGCGCAGCAGAGGCCACAUCACGGCUGAGAGAGAGAGGUUGUGAUGGCUGUCUAGCCGGAAUUGAAGUCCAACAGCUCUUCUGUUCCCAAAGUGUGGCAAUUCCUGAGCACCAGCUGAAAGAACUGAACUUGAAAAUAGACAGUGCUUUGCAGGCAUAUAAAAUCGCAUUGGAGAGUUUGGGUCACUGUGAAUAUGCAAUGAAGGCUGGCUUCCAUUUGAACCCAAAAGCUAUUGAAGCAAGUUUGCAGGGCUGCUGCAGUGAUGCCGAAGCCCAACAAGCUGGUCGGAGACAGACUCCUCCUCAGCCAAUCCAGUGUGAACUCCCAACAGUUCCCAUUCAGAUCGGUGCACACUUCCUGAAAGGAAUAUCCUUUAAUGAAUCUGCAGCAGACAACCUGAAAUUGAAAACGCACACUAUGAUACAGCUGAUCAAAGAAACUGGCUGCCAUAAUGGAGUGACCCCAAGGGAUGACUCUCCUGUGACUGAAAUACUGAACCAGGUUUGUCCUUCCACAUGGCGAGGAGCGUGUAAAACUGCAGUACAGUUGCUCUUUGGCCAAGCUGGGCUGGUGGUUGUGGACACAGCACAGAUUGAAAACAAAGAGGCCUAUGCACCACAGAUCAGUUUAGAAGGUUCCAAAAUCGUGGUUCAAGUACCAUCAACUUGGUGCCUAAAAGAAGAUCCUGCAACAAUGUCUCUGCUACAGAGAAGCCUGGAUCCGGAGAAGACUUUGGGGCUGGUAGACGUUCUCUAUACCGCAGUGUUUGACCUAAGUCGGUGGAAGGAAGGAAGGGAGCAAGCUUUGCCCUGCAUUCAGAUCCAGCUCCAGCGUGAGAUCUGUGACUUUGGGAGCCACAUUGACUUGCCACCUGGAAAUGGAAGCAAAUCAACAGGUGGCUUGCAAAAGACUUUCUCCAAGCUGACGUCACGGUUUACAAAGAAAACCUCUUGUGCAAGUUCAAGCAACAGUGGGAGCUACUCCAUUCCUAGUACUCCUUCCAAAAACCUUUUUAUAGCGAACAACUCGGAGGACAAAGCAAAAAUGCCCAACAACACGGACACACGGCUGCAAAGCAUUCUGAACAUCGGUAACUUCCCCAGGGCAGUAGAGUCAGCGCAGCCAGGGCAGAGCCCAAGCAAGCAGGCUGUCAAUGGGUUCCUUCUUGACAGACGGGACAUCGGCAAAGCUGACAGUGGCAAGGACGCCAAAGGCAUGAAUUUACCAACUGACCAGGAAAUGCAGGAGGUCAUAGAUUUCCUCUCCGGUUUCAAUAUGGGCAAAUCUCAGCAGACCUCCCCACUGGUAAAAAGAAGAAACUCCGUUGCAUCAUCUUCGGCCGUAGCAGAGCAGAAGCCCGCAGCCAUGCAGCAGCAGUCUUCAUCUCACACACCUUUGCACCAUCUUCAGCCAGGGCUGUCGCAACAGCCACAAAAGCAGCAGCAACAAAUGCAAUUUUAUCAGCAUCUGCUUCAACCCAUUGGGCCCCAGCAGCCGCAGCAGCAGCAGCCGCCACCGCGUCCCCCUGGCAAGUGGCCAACUGGUUCCAGCCAGCAGCCAGCCCAGACUGUCAGUCCGGGAUUAUCUCACAUGCCUCAGUGGAGCAGUCAUGCCUUUUCUGAUCUAAGCUCCGAUUUGUAUAGUUUGGGCCUGGUGAACAGUUACAUGGACAACAUGAUGUCAGAGAUGUUGGGACAGAAGCCGCCAGGACCUCGAAACAACACGUGGCCGAAUCGUGACCAAAACGAUGGAAUCUUCGGGAUGCUGGGAGAGUUCCUGCCUUUCGACCCCGCGGUUGGAUCUGAUCCAGAGUUUGCCCGCUAUGUGGCUGGGGUCAGCCAGGCCAUGCAACAGAAAAGGCAAGCACAGCACUUCCGUCGCCCCAGCAAUGCACGUAGCAACUGGCCUCAUCCUGAUGACCCGCACAGAACCUGGCCCUUCCCUGAGUACUUUACAGAAGGUGAGAUGACCAGCAGCUGGUCGGGUACUCAGGGCGAUUCUGCCAGCUCCAGCGAUGAGACCUCCUCUGCCAAUGGAGACAGUUUGUUUUCCAUGUUCUCAGGGCCAGACAUCAUUGCUGCAGUCAAGCAAAGAAGAAAACACAGCAGUGGCGAGCAAGAUCCCACCACGCUUCCAUCCCCACCACUCCUUUCUACAGUGGAUGAUCAUAAUCAGGACAAUAAAACCAAAACCUGGCCUCCUAAAGCCCCUUGGCAGCACGCACUGCCGAGUCAAAGCAUGUCUUUGUACCAGAUGAGUAACCCUGCCAGCCAGUGGGAUGACACCAUGCAGAUUCUGCAGUCACCGGUUUGGUCAACAGCCAACGAUUGCACUCCAUCGACAGGGAUUUCCUCCACUUUUGCCUAUGCGCAGCAGCAGCAGCAAUCACCGCAGCAGCCGCCGCCGCCGCCGUCUCAGCACAAACCGAUGAAUAAGGGCUUUAAACCUUUCCCAGUCAAGCACGAACGUAGACCAUCCUAUAUGCAUCAGUACUGACUGUUUUGUUUUCCAGGCAAGACACAGCAGCGGAGGACCAAAGUCUUCAACGUGAUGAACAUUUGUUUGUUUUACAGUUGUGCGGUGGUGGCUGUCUUCUGGUUGUUCUGUGGAGUGACAGCUUCUAGUGGUGAUCUCUCUCUCUCUCUCUCUCUCUCUCUCUCUCUCAGUGCUGAGCAUAUGGUGCCAAGGUAUUAGGUGUACACACAACAGCCCUAAACUGUGAUGCUUUCAAAGCGUGUGGACUUAACUUUUACCCUGCUAAAAGAAAACCUGCUACAAUAUUACCACAGAAAACACUGUAUUUUAUAGCUAUUUUUUCAUAUAGAUUUAUAGUUACCAUUUCUUGCUAAAAUGAAUUCUGAGUACUUUAAAGCAAAUCUUGCAGUCAGUUUUGCUCAACACUCAUCUUUAGAUUUUUAACUGACAAAAGAUUAAAAGGAAGGCUUCGUGCAGGUUACUUAGGCUGCUGAAGCUUUUUAAAAAACUGCAUUGGUUGUUAAUGUGCCACAUGAGCUCUUUGUGACAGCAGUGGUUCAAAGGCAACUGUAAAACUGAUCUUUCCAGUUACUUUAUUCAUGCAAAAAACAAAACAGCUGGAACUGUUCCAGUUAGGUUGCAUGUGACCUGACCUGGCCAAUCAGUGGGCCCAAUCCACCUGUAACCUAUGUUUGAGCCCCACAAAGGUGUUCUUGGUGGAUUGUAUUCAUCUGUGGGUUCUCACCGUGUUUGAAAUACACAAUUUGAUACUUUUACAUUUGGCCAAAGGCAUUAUCCAUACAGUGCUCCUUAAAUGUAUGAAAGAAUAGUUAAGACUACUUGGAAAUAUUUAAAGUCUUAUUUCAGUGCUAGACUUAGUGUGUAAACAUGAGCUGGCUCAGAAGAGAGAGAACUUAAUAACACUAUUUUUUGUAGUGCUAAGAAUUAAAGUUAACUACUUUCAGUCAAUAUGUGCCAUUAAAUAAGUGAACCUGUGGAAUUAGGAACGACCUUCCAACCAAAGUGGAUCUGGGGGAGUGACUGGUGCUUAAAUUGAAAAAGGUAAAUAUGUAUAGUUAUCCCAUUGUAUAUUAAUUGAGACAAGAGAAGUCUUUAUAAAAAACCUAUUUAAAUUUUCAUAUUUCAUCUUUGGAAGAGUAAUUAUAAACCACAAUAUUUUCUGGUAUAAAGGUUUUUGACAGUAUUAAUAUUAUUUUUAUAUUUUCUUAAGUCAUAUCAUUCUAAUACAUUGACAAGUAAAAUGGGUUAUUAGUUAUAAAUGCAUAUAGUUUUUGAUGAAGAAAAAGCACAUUUAUGUUCCCAUUUUCUACAAACUAAGUACAUGUGUAUAUUACAGAUACCAAAUUAUAUAUAAAUGGAAAAUACACAACACUAACCGUUUGGGUGGGGAGGGUCAAAGCCCCCCUCUCCUUCUGCUUGUGUAGCGGUGGGCCACCUUGGCAGGCCUCGAAUGUUACUAUUUGUGCUGGUUGAAGAUGCCAAUGUUGCCUGUAUUUAUGAUAUUGUCACUAUGUUCCCUCCAACCCCCCCCCCUUACCAUGUUUACAGUUGUUUGCUGUGCAUAACUUUGCAGUCAUGUGCUUUGCACAGUCUGUGUGGCUUCCGUCUGUAAAUUGUUAAUGUUCUGUACCUUCUGCUAAAACAUUGGUGAAUUUAACAAGUGGUUUUGAGUUUCCUCAAGUAUGGCAUUGAAAACUUAUAUUGGACCCUGAAGGCUACUGCAGUUGUUUACCACCAAUCAGAGUACAAAUACUUGGUUUUUUGUUUUGUUUUUUGAAGUUCCCUAAAAAGCAUUUGGACUGCUUUUGCAAUUUAGUGGUAAAUGCAAGCACUGGCAGUUUCUAAAAUUAGAGUGAAAAGUGGAAAUACAGGUUAAUCUGUUUGUCUCAUAGGUGCUACAUCAUCCUCUGCUUCCAACUAUGCUGAACGCUGGUAAUUGUUCCACGUUCGUGUGCACUUGGCACCCCAAAAAUUGCCAUAUGUUUCACACUGCCAAGUGCGGAAGGGUUUGGUGCUCAGUCAACUUGCCCUUGUUGCAGCACUCCUGUGAAUAGCUCGUGCUUCGGAACUGGAAUUGUAUAUUUUGUAUUUUAAUUAUAAAGCGCCUGUAAGUAAAAACAAAAAACCUAUUUGCUUUAAUAAAGAUAUACCUUUAAUAAUA